AGAACGCAGUUGAUGUUGGAUUGUGUCUGAUAUACUAAGUGGAAGUUACUGUUUUAAUAAAUAUAAUAAAUUUAUAAUUUUAUACUUUUAAUUAUUUAAAUGUUUAUUAAAUUGUGCUAAAGAUAUAAACAAAUGAUACUUCUUUGUGGUCUGGUCUAUUUGUAUAUCAAACAUCUUUUUCAAUUGUUAAUUGUAAAAGAUUUUUAUUUUUCUAUUUAAUUAAAAAUAGAUUGUAUGAAAUAAAAUAAUGAAAUUUCAUACUGUGUUUAUACUAACUGUUUUUACAGUGAUUGCAGUUAACUGUCAAAAAGCUAAAAAAGAAGACGAAAAAAAAGAUGAAGAGUUUACAUGCCCAGAAGGACAGGGUAAUGGUAAUUUUGCUGAUCCUGCAACAUGCAGAAGAUUUUAUCAAUGUGUAGAUGGAUAUCCAUACCUAAACAGAUGUCCGUCAGGAUUACAUUUUGAUGAUAUCAGCAAAUUUUGUACAUUCAAAAAUGAAGCAAGAUGUGGGCCUAUUCCUACAACUCCUGCACCAGUAACCGAGACACCCACAGAUUUGGCUGAACGUUGUGACACAUCCACCUGUCAACUUCCUUACUGCUUUUGCUCUCGCGAUGGAACAAUAAUACCUGGAGGACUUGCACCUGAAGAUACUCCACAAAUGAUUCUUCUAACCUUUGAUGGUGCGGUAAAUCACAACAAUUUUGAUCACUAUCAAAAAAUAUUCAACAACGAUCGUUUGAAUCCAAACAAUUGUCCGCUUAAGGGCACAUUUUUUAUUUCUCACGAAUAUUGUAAUUAUAAUAUGGUUCAAAGUCUAGCUCAUGAUGGUCAUGAGAUAGCUACUGAAACUAUUUCAUUGCAAAAAGGCUUAGAAGACAAAGGGUACGAAGAGUGGGUAGGUGAAAUGAUUGGAAUGCGAGAGAUUUUACGACGUUUUUCAAACAUCAGUAUCAACGAAAUUUCUGGAAUGCGUGCUCCAUACCUUAAACCUGGUAGAAACACUCAAUACAAAGUGAUUGAAGAUUUUGGGUACAUAUAUGACAGCAGUAUUGGAAUUUCUCCAUUAAAAACACCAAUUUGGCCUUACACUCUCGAUCAUAAAAUUCCUCACGAAUGUAAAGCAGGAACUUGCCCGACUAAAUCAUUCCCAGGAGUUUGGGAAAUACCUCUUAAUGCUCACUAUGUCGAAACUUACGAAGGUGGUCAUUGUCCUUACUUAGAUCAGUGUGUUCUUCAUAAUCAUGAUCCUGAAGAAGUUUUCGAGUGGCUGCAAGAAGAUUUUAAUCGGUAUUAUCUCCAAAAUCGUGCUCCUUACAUGAUGCCAUUCCAUACAAACUGGUUUCAGAUCAAAGAAUUGGAAAGAGGUCUUGCUAAAUUCCUCGACUGGACUAUUACAUUACCUGACGUUUACUUCGUUACUGCAACUCAAGCUUUAAGAUGGAUUACAGAUCCUAAGCCUCUAAAAGCUUUAAAUAAUUAUGAACCAUGGUCUUGUAAAAAAGUUGAAAAUGAUCCUGGUCCACCGUGCAAUAACGCUAACAAAUGUGCUCUUGAGUUUAAACCAUCCGAUGCUAAUUUUACGGCAACAAGAUAUAUGGAGACGUGUGUUGAAUGCCCGAAUAAAUAUCCUUGGCUAGGAGAUGCAAAAGGCUCUGGUAUAAUUAAUGAUAACUAUGAUCCUGAGAAGAAAUAAACUGGUUUUCACGUUUAUAAUGACUUGAAAUAAAAUUUUUAAGUCAAAUGAUUAAUUUAUGCACAUAUUUUCCUCAAAUCAUGUAAACAGUAUGUUAAGUAUGAAUUUUUCAACGAAUGUUGCUUUUCUUGUUGAAUGAAUGAUAAUAAAUAAAGUUCUGUUUAUAAGUUUA